GUCCCCGGACGAGUCUGCAUCGGGAAUAAUUCAUGCUCGAAUUAAGUACAGCAGUGUGGGGUGCAGCCUCAUCCUCGCAGUCUGGCCCCACCCUGGAGCCACUUCCCUCCCUGGAUCCUCCAGCCACCGAGUGGGCUCAGGCCAGAGCCGGCUCUGGACCUGUGGGGCGGGUCCACAGGUCUCCUGCAGCUCCUGGUCCCCACCCGCCGCCAGGACCUGUCUGUACCUUCCUGAGCACUUUCAGCAGACACGGGAUGGAGUCAGGGCCGCUGAGCCCAGGCAGACACCAGGGACGAUCUGGUCGUGGGGGGAAGCCCCAGCGGGGACCCCUGGACUUCAGGCCUCAGUCUGGGCAGGAGUUGGAGAAACACACAGCAGGUCGGGUGGGUCCAGCAACCGGGAAUUCUGCGCUGGCCCUGCUGCUCCAGGUCUUUGUCCUGAAGCACCCCCCGGGCACCGGAAGAUGGAGCUCAGUGCAUUGGUACCCUUCAGGGCGCACCUGCCCCCAGGUGUCCUGAGAAACACAGGCCCCAGGGUCCUUCAUCCCCUGGGAUGGAGACAGUUGGUGAAGCAUCACCUAGGAGCCCAGGCCCCGUGGGGAGUGGCCGGCCUGGCCUCCAGGGCCCUCUAGAGCCAGGCUUUGGGGCAGGAGGCCUACCUUGCUGAGCUCUGCUUCCUCAGUCGUGGGGAGAGCUGCUUGGCAGGGCCAGGCAGGGCCAGGCAGAGCAGGCAGAGCCAGGUGGAGCAGGGAGAGCAGGGAGAGCAGGCAGAGCAGGGAGAGCAGACAGAGCCAGGCAGAGCAGGCAGAGCCGGGCAGAGCAGGUAGAGCAGGCAGAGCGGGCAGAGCGGGAAGAGCGGGAAGAGCGGGAAGAGCCGGGCAGAGCAAGCCCCUCAGCCACUAGCAGGCGUUGUCACUCUCGCCCCUGCUGCAGUAAUAAGGACACCUAGCUCAGAGCCUCAGAGGCACCCAUGUCCUCCCUGGGCCAUGGCAGGCGCCUGACAAUGAGGACAGUCACUGGAGUUGGGAGGGAAGCAGGAGGGUAGGUCUGAGCCAACCCCAGGCCCACUCCACCAGGCCUCCGGUCCUCACCAGGACCUCCACCCAUGAGGACACAAUGGCCAGGCCAGACUCCACCCCCAUUUCACACUCACAGACGCUGAGGCUGAACAAGGCCCCCGCCCAGGCCAACAGUGGUGUGGCCAGCUUGGCACCUGCCCCCCAGGGCACUGCGGGGAGGACAAGGCUGGCUGAGUUGGGGAUGACUCAUGGAGAGUGGUGGAGGAUGCCAUGCUGGACACCUACGACCUGGUAUAUGAGCAGGCGAUGAAAGGCACGUCCCACGUCGGGCGGCAGGAGCUGGCGGCCAUCCAGGACACGUUUCUGUGCUGUGGGAAGAGGUCUCCUUUCAGCCGUCUGGGGAGCACAGAGGCUGACCUAUGUCAGGGACAGGAGGCGGCAAGAGAGGACUGCCUUCAGGGCAUCCGGAGCUUCCUGAGGAUACACCAGCAGGUCGCCUCCAGCCUGACCAGCAUCAGCCUGGCCCUCACGGUGUCCGCCUUGCUCCUCAGCUCAUUCCUGUGGUUUGCCAUCCGCUCUGGCUGCAGCUUGGACCGCAAGGGCCAAUACACCCUGGCCCCACGAGCAUGUGGCCGCCAGCCCCAGGAGCCCAGCAUCUUCAGACGCUCCCAGGGUGGACCCGCACAUUGUCUCCGCUCCGAAGCAGAUGCUAUUGAUCCAAGAAGAUACUCGGGUAGUCUUCGGUGGCUGCAGGACAAUGAUGCUGCGCCUGGGCCCCUCUCCCACCACCUGCCUGCCCACAGAGGUGAAGACGCCCCUGCUGUCAGCCCUCAUGGGAUCCCUGAGGGGAGGGUCCGAGCUGUGAGGAGGGGAGUGAGUGAAGGCCCAGCCAGAGAGCCAGCCUCCAUUGGGAACAGACGCAAGGGUAGGGGUAGCUCACCAAAUCCCUCCAUGGGAACGGGCCGGGUGCAAGCACAAAGGAAGCCACGCUGGAGGCAGCAGCCCAGGGCUGACUUGCAGACACCGGCGGUCCACGCCCUGGAGGGCUCCACCCAGACACAAGCUGCAACGGUUUUCUAUGCUGUGUAAGCAGCAGCACAGACGUAAGGACUGCAAGCAGUGACCAUUUAUGAUCUCUCAGCUCUCCAGGGCAGAAGUCCGGGUGUGCUCAGCGGGUGCCCUGCGAGGGGUCUCUCGGGCUGACGUCAGGCCUUGGUGGGCUGCACUCUCAUCUGGAGGCUCCAGGGAAGCGUGUGCCUCCAGGACCAUUCAGGCUGUUGACAAGUCGGCUCCUCAUGGCUGUAGGACUGAGGUUCCCACGUCCUUGUCCCUGCUCCCGCAGCCCCUCCACCUUCAAACCAGCAAUGGUGCAUUCAGCAAAUUGUAGUCAAAUAUACAUCACAUAAAAUUUACCAUCUUAACCAUU